CCGUCAUCGAAUUGGUUGGCGUUGCAGAAGUCUUUGGGAAAGUCGACGCACAAGUCGAAGGGGAAGCAGGCAGAUGAGCAGCCACGGAAACGACGCAAACUAUCGCAUGAGUCGGAGGAGCUCAUGUUUAGCCGCGCGCCGCGGGCGGAAGCUCAAGAUGCCUCUGCGUCUGCUGGACCAAGCACUUCGGCAUCGAACGAGGUCGUGAACGGGGAGUCGCUUCCCGCGCUGCGGCAGAUGGUGCUUGGGAAGACGGCGCUUACGGAAGCGCACAAGCAGCCCGGCAAAUACCUCGCCAUGGACUGCGAGAUGGUCGGCGUCGGCCCCGAAGGCACCGAAUCCUCCCUCGCCCGCGUCUCCCUCGUCAACUUCCACGGCGCCGUCCUCCUCGACGUCUUCGUCCGCCAGCGCGAGCGCGUCACCGACUACCGGACGCACGUAUCGGGCGUCAGGGAGAGGGACAUGAUCGGCGCGCGGCCGUUCGAGGAGGUGCAGAAGCAGGUUGCGGCGCUGUUGGCGGACAAGAUCCUCGUCGGGCACGCGGUGCACAACGAUCUGCAGGCGCUCCUCCUCUCCCACCCGCGCGCGCAGACGCGCGACACGCAGUUCUUCGCGGGCAAGCUCAGGCUUGUGCGCAGCAGCCGGGUUGCACUAAGGGCCCUCGUGCAGCAGGAGCUGGGCAUGGCAAUUCAGGCGGGGGAGCAUAGUUCGGUCACCGACGCCCGCGCCACCAUGGCCGUCUUCCGCAUCCACCGGCGCGCGUGGGAGGCGUGGGCCGCCGCGCAGGCGCGGAAGCGCGCGCAGAGCGAGAGUAAGGGGAACAAGCGGAGGCAUGGGUCGCUAGCAGCGGAUGCCGAUGAAGUAGGAGUUGCGGAUGCCGAUGAUGUAGGGGUUGCGGACGAUGAGGAAGACGGUGAAGGGGUUGGUAUGGAAGGAGGCGAGGACGAGACGCCCUGGCGCACGCCCUCUAAGCCGAAAUCCACUUCUUCGUCGAGGAAGUCCUCCACCUCGUCGAAGAAAACCAAACCCCACCCCAAACAGGGGAUCUCCUCCGGCCUCUCGACCGUCGUGCGGCACGCGGGCGGGGCGAGGGAGGUGAGGCGGGGGGCGGGGGCGAGCGGGAGUAUAGGAGGCAAGUCGGCGAGGGAGGGCGGCGCAAAACCAGCCAAGGAGAAGACACAGUGGUGGAAGGAGCUCGGGUCCGGGACGGUGAAGGGGUCGAUGCGGUUAUGAGGUCGAUGCGGUUAUGAGGUCGAUGCGGUUAUGAGGUGUGGGGCUGGCGCGCGAUGCAGGUUUCUUUACGAUGUGCGCUUAUUAGAGUGUAUUUGCAACGCGGUUCCCGCGCACCUAGCAAAAUGAGAUCACACCGCAGCAAA